AUGGGGGACAAUCCAGCUAGACUAUAUCGCUUGGAUGGAAUGGCUCAUAUUGUCGGGGUCAUCAACGACGAGUCUCAGCGAUGCAUCUCGAGCAUGCGGCGGCAGCAGGGCAUGCGACUCGAUGAGAGGUACGUUCUGUACUUGCAGAUGGCUGGCUUAUACCAUCUUGCGAGGCUGAACGAUAGAUGGUUCAGACUGGAUGAGCCCCUUGUCAGUGCUUUCGUAGAGCGGUGGCGUCCGGAGACGCACACCUUCCACAUGCCGUUUGGUGAGUGUACGAUCACACUCCAGGAUGUGGCCUACCAGUUGGGGUUGCCCGUUGACGGACGUUAUGUCAGUGGUUGCCUGACGGACUUCCAGAUAUACAUACAUGGCGGUCGUCCAGCGUGGGUUUGGUUCCAGGAGUUGCUCGGUGUGUUACCUCCUGCGAACCAAAUUCAGAAGUUUGCAGUGAAUUGCACAUGGUUCCAAGAGACCUUUGGAGAGUGCCCCGACGGCGCCGACAAUGAGACAGUCAGGCGCUAUGCUCGUGCGUAUAUCAUGAUGCUUUUGGGGACACAGCUGUUUGCCGACAAGUCUGGCAACCGUAUUCGCAUUCGGUGGCUACCGUACGGCUUGCAAUGA